CGCUCCCCAAACACAAACUUCAUUUUUCCCAGCUUCAAAGGAGGACUACAACCACCUCGCAAUGUGUCAGACAGAUCCAUCAGCCUUUUGAACUUCUGGCUUCCAACAUUUUCUGAUAAAGAAAGAGUUGGAUUCUGUCUGUUCUGUAACUUUUUGGGUGGGUUUCACCCCCUGACUGUGUUUCAUUUCUCUGAGUUACAAUGGCUCUUGGAGUGCUACAUUCGCAAGUAAAAGAUUCCCUUAGUGGAAGUGUAUUUUUGGACAGGGGCUCUAUUGAGGAACCUCCACCUCCACCUCCACUCCGCAGCUACCUUUGUUUGAGUAUUUUCACCUGCUUUUGUCCUGCGUACCCUGUCAACAUCGUGGCCCUGGUCUUCUCUAUCAUGUCUAGGAACAACUAUUAUCUUGGAGACUACGACGGGUCGAAGCGGCUCGGCAGGAACGCUCUCUACGUCUCUGUGGCCUCCAUCAUCAUCGGCCUCCUCAUCAUCGCCAUCUCCUGCACUGUUCAUUUUACAGCUAUGGAGUUUUAGUGUUGCAGGAGAGGAGAGAGGAGCAGGAGAGAAUAAGACACAAACUGUGGAUGCUGACGUCUGGGCUCAGGUGGUUCACACUGUACCAUCUGCCUCUGGAAGGACUACGGCUCGUUACUUCAAUCUGUACAUCACUCCCUCGCUGCUUCACUGUUUUUCAUAUGGAACAUCCAGGGCUAACAUCUGGUGAAUGUGUUCAUUGUAGUGUUUAAUGUCAAUGAUGCAAAAGGGCAGCUUUCUGUGAGACUAUAUGUACUUUGAACUAGAAUGAUUAAACUGAACCGUCUUGAAUUUGUGCUGCAACAUAUAUUUAUCAUUAUCAUUUGAUGUGUUUGUCAUCGGUUACAUUAUUAAAGUAACUUUGGUACGUAAAGUAUUUCUCAUGUGUUAUUAUAGAGAAUUGACAAAAAGGCUCCGAGCUGUUGAGUGUCUUAAAUGCAACGGUGGUCGUAAGGUCUAGGCAACAAAACAACGCUAUGAAGGUAUGAAAGAAGAUCAUGGUUUGGAUAAAAACAACUUUUUAAAUGAUGAAUGAUGUGACAAACAAUUCAAGAUAUCACUAGGCAAAAAACAUUGGAAUUAGCUGAGAGCCCGGUGCUCCCCAACAUCCAUGCUGAAAGGGUUUGUAUUUGACGCCCUGUGGGUCAGAUCGGGUCGUAAUGACAGGAUUACGCUAUUCCUGCUGUCCUGGGACUUGAAUACUGCCAUCCUGUUUCCUGUGUUAAUUGACGUAUCAUGGCAACGGUCCAGACUGCCAAAUUGGGUAUCAAAGCGGUCAUAUAAAAGCAAUCACAAACCAAACGAUCAUAUUUCAUCUUUGAAAAUGUCUACACCUGUUGCUUAUUAGACCUCACACCACCACCCAUCUUUUACACCUUUGAAAGAUAGAUAACUGACUCGUGUGGUUUUGCCUCCACCAAGGAGUCGAGUUGCAGUUUACAUCCCUGUCAGUCCUAAAUUACCUGCUUUUAAAUGAUGUCUCUUUUUUUGUCAGCCCGUCAUAUUGUCAUAUUCUGCUGUUUUUACUUGUUAUGUUUUUUUAAAUG